AGGAGCAGAAGGAGGUGGAGGAAGACGAGGAGAAGGAGGAGAAAAAGAAGGAGGAGGGACAGCAGGAUGGUUAGCAUCAGCAUUAGCAGCAGCAAUAACAACAGAGGAAAGAGUAGAAGAAUAUGCAUCAUAAGGAAAAGCGAGAUGAAAGAGGAUAAGUAUGGGGUGGAAAAUGAGGCAGAGAAGAAGAAAGAAACAGGAAGAAAACCAAUGACAAUGCAAGAAAGAAAUCUAGAGAAACAUUGCAAAGAGUGCAUUUUAAAUUAAAUUAAUUUUUCUAUCUACAGAUGUGUCGUGCGGUGCUGCAUAUUGUGCAAUAAUACUUGUGAUUUAGUUUUUAAUGAUUAUUAUAAAGAAGUAAAAACAGAGCAAUAUACGUUGAUUGAAAAUAAUUUUAUAUAGAAGAUUUAUCAAAGCAUAAAGUUGCUUAAUCGGUAGGAAGUCACAUCAACUAUACAGCUGUGUAACCUGUACAAGACACCAAUACGUGCAUCAUUUUCUUCAUUACAUCGGCUGUAAGAAGUCAUAGGAGAAGAAUUACUAAGAUCUAAGAACGAAGGUACAAAUUGUACACCUGCAGCAAUAGAAGACUUUCCACACGAUCUUUUCGAUGAGAAGCAAAGGCAAGGAGGAGCUGUCGUAGUGCACGUAAUCGUUUCGCUUUACCUGUUUAUCGCGUUAGCAGUAGUUUGCGACAAGUUUUUUGUUCCCGCUGUAGAAAAGAUAUGUCACGCACUUUCGAUGUCCAAGGACGUAGCAGGUGCUACUUUUAUGGCUGCAGCAACGUCGGCACCGGAACUGUUCGUAAAUGCAAUCGGUACAUUUAUCACCGAAGGUGACAUCGGUGUCGGAACAAUAGUAGGCUCGGCUGUAUUCAAUAUCCUCGCAGUACCAGCUUGUUGUGGUAUUGGUGCUGGUAUGGUAGUUCCUCUAGACUGGUGGCCAGUUAGUAGAGAUUGUCUUGCCUAUGGUGUUACAGUCGCUAUUCUAAUAUGUAUUAUACACGAUGAGCGAGUAGAAUGGUACGAAGCAUUAACGCUAGUAUUAUUGUACAUCGUAUACAUCGCUGUUAUGUAUUGGGAUAAAUCGUUCCAGCGAUGCACACGAUUUCGUACGCAUAACGCUGACCGAUCCUCAGAUGAUCAUCGACAUGCGACAGAAGACAGUACAGAAAUUCACAUGGCUAGAUCUGACAAAUUACAGACUGGUGAACAAGUCGAACAUAUAGAUGUACCAUUACAAAAUGGAGGUACAAAAACACAAGAAGAAAAUCCUGAUCCUAAUUAUGAAUACGAAUUAUUGGUAUGGCCAGCAAGAGCUGGAUGGAUAAGAAAAACAGCAUGGAUUAUGACUUGGCCGAUUCAUUUGAUUUUUAUGUGUACAAUACCAGAUUGCGAAAAACCACGAUUCAAGAAUUGGUUUCCGAUAACAUUUCUUAUGUGCAUUAUUUGGAUUGGAUCCUUAAGUUAUGUGGUUGCAUGGAUGAUCACUAUAAUUGGAGACACUCUAAAAAUACCAGAUUCCGUUAUGGGUAUUACUUUUCUCGCUGCCGGUACUAGCGUACCAGAGGCUGUAUCAAGUGUAAUAGUAGCAAAACAAGGACAUGGUUCAAUGGGUAUUAGCAACUCGAUAGGAUCGAAUACUUUCGAUAUAUUAUUGUGUUUGGGUUUACCAUGGUUAAUCAAAUCUUCAUUUUCACCAACACAACCAGGAAAACAUUAUAUCAGUAUAAAUUCUGGUGGUCUUGAAUACAGUGCUAUUUCGUUGUUAUCGACAUUAAUGUUACUUUACAUCGCUUUCGCUUCAAAUAAGUUUCAGCUCGAUAGAAAAGUCGGCCGAGCUUGUUUAUGUAUGUAUGCUGUGUUCCUCAUAUUAGCCUCAUUGAUAGAACUCAAUGUAUUCUUCAGGGUAAAUUUACCCACGUGCCAGAGGACGGUCAAAUGAUCUGAAAUCAAAAGUAGACUUGCUUAAUGAUAUUUGAUACGGUUUAGUUGAUUUUCGUACGUUCUCUUGAACUUACGAACAACAUUGUGAAUUGAAGAAUGCUGUUUUACAUUAUAUAAAACUA